ACAGCUCUGAGUGGACAGCCAGUGUGAGGAGAGACUUUCAGGGUGGAUCCGUGAGAAGCCGUCCUCUUUUUCUACAUCAGCGACUGUGCCACAAUGUCCAAACCGAAGUUUCAGUCUGAUUGGGAGGAAAUUGAUGUGGAAUAUCAACAAUUACAGGAAACCCACAAAGUCUACCGACAAAAACUUGAGGAGCUCACCAAUCUUCAGGCCACCUGCAGCAGUUCGAUCAGCAAACAGAGAAAAGGCCUCAAGGACCUACGGAACAGCUUGAAGAAGUGUGCAAAAACAUGUGAUGAAAAAGACUUGGAGCUUAUAACGGACAUCAAAACACAAAUCAAAGAAAAAGAAAAUGUCUUCUUUGAUAUGGAAGCCUAUUUACCAAAGAGAAACGGACUUUACCUGAAUUUGGUCCUGGGUAACGUGAACGUAACUCUUCUCAGCAACCAGACAAAAUUUGCAUACAAAGACGAGUACGAGAAGUUUAAGCUUUAUAUGACAAUAAUCCUGAUGUUUGGAGCAAUAACCUGCCUCUUCUUUCUCAACUAUCGAGUCACUGAUGAAAUUUUCAACUUUUUGCUCGUGUGGUACUACUGUACGCUGACCAUAAGGGAAAGCAUCCUCAUGAGUAACGGCUCCAGGAUCAAAGGUUGGUGGGUGUCUCACCAUUAUGUAUCGACCUUUCUGUCAGGGGUGAUGCUCACCUGGCCGGAGGGGCCCAUGUAUCAGAUGUUCAGAAGCCAGUUUCUCGCUUUCUCCAUAUAUCAAAGCUUUGUUCAGUUCCUGCAGUAUUACUACCAGAGCGGCUGCCUAUACAGGCUCCGAGCUCUGGGAGAGCGAAAUCAGCUGGACCUCACAGUGGAGGGGUUUCAGUCCUGGAUGUGGAGAGGCCUCACCUUUCUUUUGCCAUUUCUCUUCUUUGGUCAUUUUUGGCAGCUGUACAACUCGGUGACCCUGUUUCGCUUGGCAGGACAUGAGGACUGUAAGGAGUGGCAGAUAUUUAUGCUGGCGCUGACAUUUCUUGUCCUAUUCCUGGGGAAUUUCCUCACCACGUUAAAAGUCGUCCACCAAAAGAUUCAGAAAAACCAGGGUAAAGUGCAAAAAGACGACUGAGAACAAAGCUCAGAGACACACCUCAGAUUCUUAAAAAACGGCCAGUAAUUUUCACCAACGCACACGACCGCUUAACAGACUUGACCAAGGUGUGAGCAGGCCGGGAGAAGAUGAUGCUUGAAGAUAAAGAUGAACUUUAUUGAUCCCCCGUGGGGGAAAUUUGUGAAGCCGCUCUUCCACUCAGGCUUCGAUGAUGGCAGCGGCGUCCAGCCAAAGUUUCUGGCCAAAAGGCUUUUUUUUUUUUUUUUUUUUUUUUUGCUUCUAAUGAUCUGCCGUCAAUGUUGCUGCGCAGCCGGGUCACAACACACAAAGUGGCGUCUCUGUGCUAGAUGAACAGUUUGUCGCUUUUCUCCUGUACAUUGAGGAAAGAAUGUGUUUCUUUUGGGUGUUUGUGUCCGUGCAUGAAUAUGUCAGAGAGCCUUCCGUUCAGAUCAUUAUGCAAACUAAAGAGAGCAGGUAGCAACAGCAAGUGUCAGAGCAGAACAUUGGUUUGCCUUUGAAGACCUAAAGUCUGUCGUGUACAUUCUUCAUACUUCUGUGAAGUAGUGAUGGUCAAACCGUCUCUGGCUUGAACAAAGCUGUUCAACUUGGCAACCGCACGUGUACCACUUUUUAUGUGUAGUCCUCAAAUUCCUCUUGUGCUAUUUCACUGCUAACCAGUAUUUUAACUGGACUUACAUCAAGUGUAGGUCCACAACUUCACAAAAACAUACAUGUGAUAUUUUACUGCCCAAAAUGACACUUUUCUGAAGAAGAAGAAAAAAACCCUUUGGUGUAUUUUUUGUAUAUCUGUAGCUCUGUUUUUGUUGUUUACUAGUUCUUCAAAAGAGUCCGACUACAACACAGUUUAUCCCUUCAGGCAGCGGUUACAAAAGCCAUAACUUUUUCUUUUUUUUUAUAGUAUGACCUAAUGCCUAAACUGGGUUAGCUAGCUCAGUCACAUGAACACAUGACACAUGAAAGCUCAUACUGGCUCAACGGAAAGUGAUUGACUAUAAAGGAGUUCUUCUUGUGAGCUCACCCCCAACUAUUACACUCUUGUGUUGUCACAAACAUAAUGCUAGCUAAUUCAUUUAAAAAAAACAAAAAACAAAUGUAGGUUUACAAAAUGUUUCAUGGUUAAGAGUUGCUCGUCAAAGACUUUUUUACAAAAAGGGACAUGAGACGUUCAGCUUUGAUUCACAUAGUUUUGGGUUUUUCAUUACUGUGCUGAGAAAUCAAAAUGUAUUUCUUCCUUUCUAGUCCUAUGGUGUUGUAGAGAUGAUCAAAUGCUGCUAGUAAUGAUUUAAUAAAAGUUACUAACUAAUGGCCAAAUCUUAAAAACUGUUACUCUUGUUCACUGUGGGGGGAGGGGGGGGGUCUGGUCUGGUCCAUGUUACACAUUGGUCCUUGUUUGUUUUUGAAGCAAAGGUUCAGCUGACUUCAAACUAAUGUAUUUUUGUCGUCUACUUUAUCCCUUCAACCUGUCGUGGCAAAAAAAUUCUGUCUUUUGACAAAUCAAAAGGAUGUCGGGCCCCACAAAGCAAUCAUGCAGAAGAGAAUCAGUUUUCACUUUAAUUUAGGGGGAAUAUUGGAUCACGUCGAGUCACCAGAAUAUUACAUUUGAUACCAGAGCUGAAUGCACUUAACAGUUUGUUUCUCUCCUUUUAAUGAUGUAGCUCGAUGUUUAACAUGUUUCCAUGGUUCAAUCCAACAAACUGUAAACGGGUUCCUUGAGUCUGAUCAGCACCCUGAGACAGUCGACAAUUUCUUCAUCUGUGUACGUUAUUGUGAAAGAAUAGAUAAUUAAACACAAAAUGAAAAAUAA